UUGAAGUCAAACAAGUAAUUUGGUGGGACACGACACACACUCCCCUGAAACACACGCAGAAAACUGCAUGCGCCGCAUUUCUUUUUCAAAAUUCAGAGUUUCAGAGAUUCGGACAUGGAUGAACCCAUCUUCUUAAUUGAUUUAGCUGACGCUCAGGUGACCGCCCCUACGAAAUGGAGAUUAAUUUAUUUGCCUGAUUCGAUCGACCUACCCUAGGAUGUGCGAAAAGAGCCCAAGCUAGAAGCGUGCAUGAACAUCACUGUAACACAGUGAACAAUGGCGAGCAAAUCGGCGGCCUUUGGAUGGCGUCUCUAUCACUAAAAGCUCAGCAGCAGCCCACGUUUGAAUGCGAAUUCAGUGCCAUGGUGGAUUACAAAGGCGAAUGCGUAGAGAAGAAAGGCGGAUUUACAAGGGUGGCGUUCAAUGGCAUUAAAAACCCUGCGCCUGUGUUUUGCAUUGCUGGCUGGCCUCACCUUCAUCUACAUGCUCAGCAUAGAGCUAGCAUACAGGUUGGGCGUGCUGAGUACUGUAAACGAGGAGCUCAACAAGACUAAGGUUUCAUGGCCGACCCACAAGGCCGCCCUGGUCUCCCGUUCCCGCCGCCUCCCUGUGAAUUUCACCCAGACUCUGUUAUCUUAUGCUGCAGUACAGAUUGGAGAGGUAGAUGAGUGCCAGCAGAUUGAAUACCUCCUGCAUGCAACCAGGUCCUCCUAUGUUGGUACGGAGUGGCCGAAGCUUUCUGAUCCCAGAUAUGAUAAUUACUGGCCGGCGUUCCGCCAUGCCCUGCAGUCAUGGGUGCAAAACAAGCGCUCUGAGCCUACGGUUAUGACCCAACUCAUUGAUCUGGUAAAGCUCCCGCUGGACCAGCACUACAUGAUCACCAAUCUAACGGAGCAGCCGGGGCCUGCCAAUCUGUCCGAGAUUCACAUUGGCAAUCGAACAGAGCAGCAAGGCUACCCGCCUAAUAGGCAGAAUAAAACAGGGCAAAAACAGGGCUACCCAUUUGAUUUGCAGAGUGAAAUAGGGCAAAAACAGGGGUACCCACUGAAUUGGCAGAGUAAAACAGGGCAAAAACAGGGGUAUCCACUUGAUUUGCAGAAUAAAACAGGGCAAAAACAGGGCUACCCACUUUAUUUUCAGAGUAAAACAGAGCAAAAACAGGGGUACCUGCUCGAUUUGCAGAUUAAAACAGGGGAAGAACAAGGGUACCGGUACCCAUUUGAUUUGCAGAAUAAAACAGGGCAAAAUCAUGGGUACCAAUUUGAUUUGCAGACUAAAACAUUCGAAAAACAGGGGUACCGCAGUUGUGCAGUGGUGGGCAACAGUGGCAGCCUGCUUCAGAAACCCCAUGGUCCCUUAAUCGACUCCCAUGACAUGGUGAUCAGGCUCAACAAUGCCCGGACUGAUGGGUUCCAAUCCAAUGUGGGUUCCAAGACAACCCUUGCCUUUGUGAAUUCAAACGUAUUUCAUUUAUGCUCCUUGCAGCCCCAGUGCUUGUGCCGUUCCUAUGGAGAAGCAGUCCCAAUUAUCAUGUACAUCUGCCAGGCAGUGCAUUUCAUGGACUACGCCCUCUGCAAUGCCUCUAAGAAGGCGCCCCUGCUGGUCACAGAUGCCCGAUUUGAUAACCUCUGUGCUAGGAUUGUGAAGUACUAUUCGCUGAAGAAUUUUGUGGUGACUACUGGGAAGCACCCUGAGGAAUGGAGCUCUGCCCAUGAGGGUAAGAUGUUUCAUUACUCCUCCGGAAUGCAGGCCGUAAUGCUGGCAUUGGGGAUCUGUGAGAAGGUUAGUUUGUUUGGUUUCGGGAAGAGUAUUGGGGUAAAGCAUCAUUAUCAUACUAAUCAGAGGCUUGAGCUCAGUCUCCAUGAUUACGAGGCAGAGUAUCAGUUCUAUGCUGAUCUGAUCAAUGGGUCAAUAAAUAUACCUUUUCUCAGUGAGGCCGGGAUCAAGCUUCCUCCGGUACAGAUAUAUUUUUGAUCCAUAUGUGUUCUGUCUCUUCUUCCAUUUUCAGUUCAAAUGGGUUUGGAGAUUCUUGAAUCCCUUCAAGCUGUCCAGUACUCAUUUUAUUCUCGCUGAUGAAAGACGACUUCCAUGCAAGAACAUGUAGGAAAUGUGAGGUUUGUGUACUCGUUUUUCUUUCUUCUAAAAAAGACAUUACUGUUGGUUGUAGUGUAAAAAAUGCACAUAAAGCAGAGUAAACAAGACAAAUAACUCCUCUAUCUUCUUCUUAUAGUGGCUGUUAUAUGGCUCUAGUUUAACUAAUCCACUCUUAUCUUCUUCAUCUAUAUUCAAUAACAAAAUG